CUUAUAAAGCGCACAGGUGCGCGCUGAUUGUGUGCACAGCUUGAUCUGAUUGAUUCCGUGUCGGAUGUGUGCCGUGCUUCAACGCUCUGAGAUUUAGCCGCUGCUUUUGAAUUUGAGAAACAUAUUUUUUUUCGCUGCAAACAUGAGUGCUGGAGGAGGCACCCCGUACAUCGGCAGUAAGAUUAGUUUGAUAUCCAAGGCGCAGAUGCGGUAUGAGGGGAUAUUGUCGUCUGUCGACACGGAUAGGUCCACCGUUGCGUUAGCCAAAGUUAAAUCCUAUGGGACAGAGGACCGGCACACAGACAGACCGGCGCCACCCAAAGAUGAAAUCUAUGAAUACAUAAUCUUCAGAGGAAGUGACAUCAAAGAUAUCACUGUGUCUGAGCCACCGAAACCCCACUAUGGACUGCCUCGUGACCCUGCUAUUGUACAGUCAUCCCUUGGCAACUCCUCUGCUGCGUAUCACCCACGCUGGAGUUCAUACAGAGACAUGAUGCCCACCUACAACCAGCUGGCUGCUACUUCUCUACUCAACCAGCAGUACAACGCAGCACUGGGCCUCGUACCAGGACUUCAUGGCAUCCCAGCCAGAAGGGCUCCCAUGGUCGAGCAGGCUGUCCAGACCGUGCCCUCGGUCAGUGUCUCACCGAAAAGGGAAAAGACUUCUACCCAGCCACAGGGCAAGCAGCCUGUUCGUCCAAUCCAGCGCUCUGGACAGGUUCAUAAGGAGAACGUUCCCACCAGUCAGGCACCAUCUCAGCCAAUUGCAGCCAAGGUUCAAGGUCAAGGCACUGAGAACCAGAAAGAAAGGCAAAAGCAAGGCAGUCGCAGGUCCAGGAAUCGAAGCAGAGGCCAACUUCUUGUGAAAAACUCAAAGGCCACAACCUUGCAGUUUGAGUCAGAUUUUGAUUUUGAAACUGCAAAUGCUCAGUUUAAAGAUGAUCUUACUAAGGAGGUUGUGGUGGAAAAGUCUGAUUCUGGGGAGGCCCAGGACAGCCCGGGUACGCAAGAGGACACUCUCGGAGAGAAGUACUACGACAAAGCCAAAUGCUUCUUUGACAACAUCUCAUCCGACCUGAAGCCCAGGAGAACCACCUGGGCGGAGGAGAAAAAAAUGAACAUGGAAACAUUUGGAGUGCCCGGCCGCUUCCUGCGAGGCAGAGGAUUCAGGGGCCGAGGACGCAGAGGGCAGAGCACCCCUGAGCAGCGACCCCUCCCAAAAAUUGUUAGUGGGAGGGUGUAAAUGUGCUUCUUUUGUUUGUCUUUUUGUUAACCUUUUCUGUAAAUAUUGUAGUUUUCUACUUAUUUAAAAAAAAGUA